AUCAUCACACUGCGCUAUGCCGUCAUCUUUCCCUCAGAAGUCUAUUCAAAACAAUCUGAACUUGUCUGUCUACACAUGGUGGGCAUGGUGGGAGAAACCAGUGUGCAGUUGGUCUUACAAAAGGCGACCAGUAACAUAACACUCUUUGAAAGCAAUCUUCAGGAAAACACUUAUUUCCACUGCAUUCCUUUCCAGGUUCCGGAGCCGUCAGAAGGCAAUGAAGAAGUGGCUACAAUUCAUGCUGCAAUUAACCAUGCUGGCAAUUCAAUUUACAAAAAAAGUAAACUUCUUCUAAAGGGCAAACGAGCAGCAACCUUUAUCCAGACAGACAAAGCCAUCUAUAAACCCGGGCAGACUGUAAAAUUCAGAGUUGUCUCACUGGAUGAGAAUUUCCAACCAGGAAAGAACCAGUUAUCAGCCGUAAAGUUACAGGAUCCAGAGAAGAACCUAAUCGGACAGUGGCUAAAUGUCAGCCUCAGUCAGGGAAUUGCUGAGCUCUCCCUCCCUCUCUCUUCGGAGCCUCUGCUAGGAGAAUAUUCGAUCUACGUGAAGUACAAGGUCCAUACAUUCAGUGUGGAAGAAUAUGUUCUGCCAAAAUUUGAGGUCACCCUUCAUUUUCCUAAAGCCGUUGUCAUCACUGAUGAGAAAUGCACAUUACAAUUGUGUGGCAGGUACACCUAUGGGAAACCAGUGAAGGGUAAUUAUAAGAUUCAAGUAUGUCGACCGAAGGUUCCUUACUAUUAUACCCCGAGUCCUGAUGUUCCUUGUGUAGACUUCACAGGAGAACUGGAUAUCUCAGGAUGUUCAACUGUGCAAGUGCCACUGGAUACCUUUCAGCUAAACAGAAGAAUACUGCAGAUGAAAUUGCUUGGGACAGCAACCAUCACGGAGGAGGGGACAGGAAUUGAGUUAUCGACAACAACUGACACCAGUAUCUUAGAUGAAAAUAUUAAAGUCAAUAUUUUUGGCUCCGACACCACUUACAAGCGAGGAAUCCCAAUGAGAAUCCAGGUUAAAGUAUCGGAUGCCAGUGACACCGUCAUCCCAGGAAAACAAGUCCUCCUCACUUAUAACUCUAAACGUGACACAAUAGUGAAAACCCUGGUGACAGGCCCGGAUGGAAUAGCUUCUUUCAAUAUAGACGAUACUAUUGGCUGGAAGGGCACAGUAUACUGCACAGCAACUGUAAACCAAACCGAUAACACACCUCCUGAUCGGUCUUACUCUAAAGUUCCCAGCAAUGUGUUUGCAAACCUGAAAUUAUCACCUUUUAGAUCUCAUAUUAGCAGCUUUAUUAAGAUCCAUCCUCCGGGUGCUAUCCUCCCAUGUGAUGGGCAGCAAGAAGUGAAGGUGGAUUAUAUCAUCAAACAAAAACAACUACAGGAAGGAGUCACCCAUCUUCAUUUACAUUAUCUGGUCAUUACGAGAUUUUCUAUAAAAUACUCUGGACAGCUGGAAAUACCAAUAAGAAGUAUAGAUAAAGAUGAACGUGGUGACGUGGUACUCAAGCUUCCUCUGACUGCAGAUAUGGCACCAACCUUUAGCAUUCUUGGUUACAUUUUGUUUCCUAAUCAAGAUGCUGUAGCAGAUUCUGUUCAAUUCAACAUGGAGAAAUGUUUCAGGAAUAAAGUAUCAGUCAAAUUCCUCCCGGGUGAAGUUCUUCCAAAAUCAGAUGUGUCUCUCCAGGUUGCGGCUGCUCCUGGAUCUCUCUGUGGUCUGCGAGUGGUGGAUAAGAGUGUGGUACUGAUGAAACCAGACAAUGAGCUAACCGCUACUAAAGUUUUUGAUCUUUUCCCAAUUUCCAGUUCACAUACAUAUAACAGACAAGUUGAGGAUGAAAAGAAAUGUAAAUCGAGAAGAUCUUACUAUUUUAGAUAUAAGGGUCGAAGAGAUAGGAACGAAGAUGAUGUGUGCACCUAUUUUGAGAACUUGAGCCUAAAAAUCAUGACAAGUGCUAAUAUACAAAGUACAAGAAUAGGCUUUGAAUAUGCUGUGCUGCAUGAAAAGAUUAUAGAUGCAUCACACAAAAUUCCUGGCAAAAAGCAGAAGUCAGCGAUAAGACAUUAUUUCCCUGAAACAUGGAUUUGGAAACUGGAAGCUGUUGGGGACUCUGGGAUUGGCAUUCUCCAUGACACAGCUCCUGACACCAUCACAGACUGGCAUGGUGGGGCUUUUUGUACGGGUCCUGGAGGUUUUGGGCUUGCUUCUCCUGUACCUUUUCGAGUUUUCCAACCUUUCUUUGUGGACAUCACUUUGCCAUAUUCAGUGAUCAGAGGAGAAACUUUCACUCUUAAAUCCACAGUUUUUAACUAUUUGAAACAGUGUAUAAAGGUUAGGACUACACUUAUACCAUCUGCAGAGUUGGAAGAGAGGCCAUGUGAUGACUGCCAAUAUAGCAGCUGCCUCUGUGUAGAUGAGAGCAAAACCUUCUACUGGAACCUUAAAGCCUCCAAACUGGGGCACGUGAACGUCACUGUAACAACAGAAGCUCUGGACACACAAGAUUUAUGCCACAAUGAGGUGCCUAUUGUCCCGAAACAGGGAAGCAUCGAUACGGUGGUAAAGCCAUUGCUCGUUCAGCCAGGGGGACUAAUGGAGGAGAAAUCAUACAGCGCUCUACUGUGCAGUCGAGGAGAAGAUGAUUCUAAAGUGGAAGAGAUUUCAUUGAAGAUUCCUGAAAACAUUUUGAAGGAUUCUGAAAGAGCCAACAUUGUAGUAAUUGGAGAUCUAAUGGGCACGGCAAUGCAAAAUUUGGACCGUCUUCUGGCCAUGCCAUAUGGAUGUGGUGAACAGAACAUGGUCCUAUUUGCCCCCAACAUUUUUAUCCUUCAGUAUCUGGAGAAGACUCAUCAACUGAAUAGUGAAAUUAAAAACAAAGCUACUACGUUUCUGGAGAGCGGAUAUCAGAGAGAACUGACUUAUAAACGUGAUGAUGGAUCAUACAGUGCAUUUGGGAAAAGUGAUAGCAGUGGAAACACCUGGUUGACUGCCUUUGUAGUGAAGUCCUUCAGUAAGGCUCGGCCAUACAUCUUCAUAGAUGAAAACCACCUUAAACAUUCUUUCUCCUGGCUGAAGAAAAACCAACAAGUCAAUGGCUGCUUUAGGAGUGUAGGACGACUUUUUAAUAAUGCUAUGAAGGGGGGAGUAACAGAUGAAGUCUCACUCUCUACGUAUGUUACCAUAGCUCUGCUGGAGGCUGGAGUAUUAAUAGAGGAUCUUAUGGUCAGAGAUGCUGUGUCCUGCCUGAGGACAGCAGCUGAGACUGUCACUAAUGUAUACAGCCAGGCUCUGUUGGCCUAUGCCUUUACUUUGUCUGGAGACACGGAGCUCAGGGAGGCGAUGAUGGACAAACUUGAGGCACAAGUUGUGAGAGGAAAUCGUGAGCAGCAUUGGGAACGUUUGUCCAAACCUCAGUCUGAAGACUCAUACUGGUCCCGAGCUCCAUCAGCAGAGGUGGAGAUGACCUCAUAUGUGCUCCUAGCCGUCCUUUCUGGUCCAACUCAAGAUUUAGUCAAAGGCUCAGAGAUUGUAAAUUGGUUGAGCAAACAACAGAAUCCAUAUGGAGGAUUUUCUUCUACACAGGACACAGUGGUGGCUCUUCAGGCAUUGGCCAAGUAUGCAGAGGCCACCUUCAGUGACAAAGGAGAUGUGACUGUGACAGUAUCAUCCAAGACAGAAUUUAUGAAGCAGUUCCGCGUAAAUAACAAUAACAGGCUACUUCUGCAGAGUACAUCGCUACCAACAGUACCUGGAGAGUAUACGGUGACAUCUUCAGGAAGCGGCUGUGUCUAUGUACAAACAGUCCUGAGAUACAACGUUCCUCCACCUAGACAAGAAGAAACCUUUGCAAUUAAAGUGGAGGUUCAAUCAAAUGAAUGUGCAGAAGAAUCAAUGACAAAACUGGAGCUCACAAUCACUGCUCGAUAUACAGGUUCUAGGCAAAAAUCCAAUAUGGUUGUUAUUGAUGUGAAGAUGUUGUCUGGAUACAUUCCACUAAAGAGCUCAGUGAGAAAAUUGGAGGAGAACUUGAUAAAGAGAAGUGACAUCCAGAUGGAUAUGGUGACCCUGUAUCUGGAGGAGCUGGGGCAGGAUUCUAUCAACCUUUCAUUCUUCAUCGAACAAGAUAGUAAAGUCAAGGACCUGAAACCAGCCAUAGUGAAGAUCUACGAUUACUACGAGACUGAUGAACAUGCAGUUACAGAAUACAAUUCCCCUUGCAGCGGAGAAGACAAAAGUAACACAAAUCAAGGCACAGAAUCCAAAAAUUAAAGACGAUGGAUCACUAUAAUGUGACCGUAAUGAUGAGAGGUCUACAGUCUUCAGUAAAGAAGAUCCAUUCUAGAUCCAUUGUAGAAAACCUAAAUAAAUAAAAUCUUUACAGUUAUAUCCAAAAGA